UGUCAAAUAAUUAUGCCAUAAGAAAUAACCUAAAACAAAUUGCAAAAAUAAUAAAAUGUUUUUAACAUUAAAAUUACUAGGAAACAGACAUCCCUCAUUCAUAGCACGCACAGUAUUUGUUAAAAACAAUAAUGUGGAAGAUGCGUGUCGCUUGAUAAACAGAGUUCUCGGUAAAGAUGGUAUUUUAGAGCAAUACCGUCUUACCAGAUAUUACGAAAAACCUUUUCAGACAAGACGGCGUGUAAACCAUGAAAAAUGCAAAGCUAUCUAUAAUGAAGAUAUGGAGAGAAAAAUACAAUUUGUUCUUCGAAAAAACCGUCAUGAGCCAUUUCCAGGGUGCCAUUAAAUUAUAAUAUCUUAAUAUAACCUUUUUAUCAAAUUGAGUGUGGGCUGAUCCAUGCUUUGUAAUUUUUCCCCCAGAUAAUAUUAACUUAUUUAAUAUAUUUUAAGAGCAAUCAACCAUUUACAAAAUAUUACAGAUUUCAAAUAUUUGUGUCUUAUGGCAACAGCAAACAUAAAAUAAAAUAUUAGUACCCUCUUAUACUCACUACUCCUUAUUUUAUCUUAUAAUCUGUGGGAAAAAUACUCAGGCAUUUAGUCUAAGUAGUAUUUAUAAAUAAUUUUUAGUUUGGGAAAGUUAUGUAAAUAAAACAAUAUUGUUUA